AUGCAGGGGCAAACUGACUCCGAGGAGAAUCGGCAUGAUGUGUCCACGUCGCUGAACUACUACCCCAUUGACGCCGGAGCCCCAGUACCUGUCAUGGUGGGCAACACCAGCGUCAACAACAAGAGGCCAUCCGUAUCGAUCGAUGCCAUCGUACAAGACAUUACUGGUCAUGAAAAUGAAUAUACGCUCGACAAGAAUGGGUUCCAAUUCGUCCACCACAUCAGUCAAGAGAAGAACUUUGAUGAUGAAGGACGGAUCACUAGCGGGUAUUACGCUGAAGUGGAACAGCUGCUGAAAGAGGUAACAGGUGCCUCACGCGUCGUUGUGUUCAACCAUAGAGCGCGUCGAGGACCCUCGGAUUGGACCAAGGCAGGAUUGGACAAUCGUUUGAAUGCGGGACCGUUGUUCAAAGUCCACGUAGACCAGUCAUACCAUGGUGCCGAGCUCCAGCUGCGAAACACACUUCCUGAUGAAGCAAACGAGCUUCUGAAGGGAAGGUGUGGCGACCCAUCCGGACAGUACUUCGAGAUCCUCUUGCAAUCGCAGACGCCUCUACCGUCUUGGAUUCCGACCUUGUUCCAGCAGCUAUCAUAA